CAGGUCGAGCCGAACCUCGUCACGCCGACGGUCGCGUUCAAGGACCUCGCGCUCGACUCGCUCGACGUCGUCGAGGUCGUCAUGGCCGUCGAGGAGGAGUUCGCCAUCGAGAUCCCGGACGCCGAGGCGGACAAGAUCACGCGCGCGGCCCGCGCG